GUGACGGUGCUAGAAGCUGGCUCCGAUACGUUGUCGAAGGUGAAAAUUUCAGGUGGAGGACGAUGCAACGUCCUGCACGAUACCGCUAAGGCUGUUCCAGAACUCCUUGCCGGCUAUCCUCGAGGGCGUCGAGAACUCAACGGAAUCCUACACAAGCACUUCUCGCCCAAAAUGGCGCAAGAGUGGUUUACCAGUCGUGGUGUAACACUCAAGACUGAGAAUGACGGUCGCAUGUUUCCAACCACGGAUAAUUCGCAAACUAUCAUCAAGGCGCUACUGGAAUCUGCCGACGAUGCCAGCGUCUCGAUCAAACAUCGUGCCAAAGUUGAAGAAAUAAAGAUAGAUGGAAGCAAAUUUGUUGUUGAUUAUCUACAAAAGAACCAAGGUUCUGAGAAAGAGAGUUUCUCUCGGGCGUUCGACGCUGUGAUACUCGCUACGGGAUCGGCACCCAUCGGCUACAAGCUAGCGUCGUCGCUUGGACUUGAUAUGGUUCCGACUGUACCAUCUCUGUUCACUCUCAAUGCCAAGCUCGACGUCAAAGAAGGCGGUGUCUUGCACGGACUCUCAGGCGUAUCGGUGCCAUUGGGGAAAAUUUCGUACCAAGUGCUUGCUCAACAACCAACCUUGGAGGUCCCCGGGGAUAUCACUAUAACGACGAAUACGAAAAAAUCUGUUUUGGAGCAACAAGGUCCUUUGCUGAUAACCCACCACGGGUUGUCAGGGCCAGCGGCCUUGCGCUUGUCUGCAUUUGGAGCCCGAGAGCUCAAUGGAGCGAAUUACCGAGGCAAGUUGACUGUACACUGGGCACCCUCGUUGGGAAACGUUGACGACGUUUUCGAAGCGCUGUGGAUGAUCACAGGGACAAAUCCCAAAAAGACUGUUUCUAGUAUAUGCCCACUGUUUUUGUCUGACGGUAGUACUGCCUUGCCGCGCCGGUUGUGGGCUUCCCUCGUCGGAUGCUCGGGCUUCGCACUUGACCAAACCUGGGGACAGGCUUCUAAAAAGAUAACGCGCCAGCUCGCUUUAUUGGUAACAGCCUGUCCAUUGCAGCUAACCGGAAAAGGAACAUUCAAAGAAGAGUUCGUGACGGCAGGGGGUGUUGAUUUGAAGCAGAUGGACAUGAAAACCAUGCAAGUCAAGUCGUGCCCAGGUCUAUUUGUAUGCGGUGAACUUCUGAACGUAGAUGGUGUGACCGGUGGAUUUAAUUUUAUGAACUGUUGGGGGACUGGGUAUGUAGCGGGUAGCAGUGCUGCUACAUUUUCUGCUCAAUCUUUGCCUUCCAAUCAAGAUUUUUCAUUGGUUGAAGAUUAG